AUGAAGAGAUAUUGUUACUUCUUCUAUUAUUACGCCGGCGGCGAAGACGACUUAGGGCCAAAAAGCGAAAGAUUUGGACGAAGAAGUGGAUUUUACGUCGUGAGUCUCAAGGGGCAUUCGCCAAUCUUAUUCACUCCUUGCAAAGAAGAAGAUUGGUUGAAAAUUGUUGGUGACUUUGAAAGCAAGUGGAACUACCCAUGCUGCAUAGGUGCCAUAGAUGGAAAACAUAUUAGUAUCCAGCAACCUACUGCAAGUGGAUCAGAGUUUUUUAAUUACAAACAUUACUUCAGUGUUAUUCUCUUGGCCCUUGUUGAUGCUAAUUACAAGUUCAUUUAUGUGGAUGUUGGAGCAGCAGGUCGUUCUGGGGAUGCUGGAGUAUUCAGAGAUUCUGCAUUGAAAAGGGCAUUAUCAUCCAACAUUUUAAAUCUUCCCUCUCCACAAAAUGUACAAGGGAUAGCAACAAAAAUACAUUGUCACAUUGUUGGCGAUGAUGAAACCUUGUCAACCAACCUGAUGAAACCUUAUCCUCAUCGUAACUUAGAAAAAGGACAGCGCAUUUUUAACUACAGAUUGUCAAGGGCACGCCGGGUAGUUGAAAAUGCUUUUGGCAUAUUUGCACAUAGAUGGCGAGUGUUUUUAACCACUAUCAAACUGACCCCAGACAAAAUAACCGAUAUUAUAUUAGCUGCCUGUUGCUUGCACAAUUACAUGAUCAACAAGAACAAAGCAACAUAUACCGUAGCAGUUGACCAAGAGAAUGCAGAUCACACAAUAUCACCUGGAACUUAG